UUUGGUGGAAGGAAGGGAGAGAGCGACAGCGAGGGAGAGAGAGAGAGAGAGCGACAGAGAAAAGGAGGGAGGGAGAGCAGCAGAUAAGUUCAGCACCACGGACAGCGCGCCGGAGCUCCGCUAUCAGCUGCGCAGUGACACGCUUCCUCGAACCAGUGGAGCUUGUGGCGUCUCACUCCACUCACUGUCUCUCCUCCGAGCGUCAUUGCAUCAUUGCAUUGUAAGAGGAGAGACGGGGAAAGACGGGGAGAGAGUGCAGGGCAGCUUCACUCCUCUCCAGCCAUCAACUACCAAGCCAGUCAGCCAGAGUGGCUUUCAGCACCACCACUCUGCUGGUGUUUUCUCCCACCAACCCUCCACCCACCCCUCACCUGCUCUCAUCAGCAUCCGCGAAGAUGCACCGUCCUGCCGGAGGGCUGGCGUUGUUGUUCCUGCUGGAAGCUUUGUGGAUUUUCUGCAAUGUCAGCGGUCUGCAUGGAGCUCUGCCAACUACCCCAAAAUGCGAUGAGCCUCUGGCCUCUCCUUUGCCGCACACAGCCUUCACCAGCUCAUCUGUCUUCUCAAAUGGAUAUGCACCCGGCUAUGCCAAGCUCAACAGGAGAGGAGGUGCUGGUGGAUGGUCUCCACUGGACAGCGACCAUUACCAGUGGCUACAGGUGGAUCUGGGCUCCAGAAAGCAAGUGAGCGCCAUAGCAACUCAAGGGCGCUACAGCAGCUCCGAUUGGACCAUGCGAUACCGUCUGCUCUACAGCGACUCGGGAAGGAACUGGAAACCUUAUCACCAGGAUGGCAACAUUUGGGCCUUCUCUGGAAACUCCAACUCAGAAAGCUCCAUCCGCCACGAGCUGCAGCACGGAAUCGUGGCUCGCUUCCUGAGGCUCAUCCCGCUGGAAUGGAGCAAAGAGGGGCGGAUUGGGCUUCGGAUAGAAGUCUACGGCUGCAUGUACUGGGCAGACAUGAUCAACUUUGACGGACAAGGUGUCAUCUCGUAUCGUUUCAAGGUGAAGAAGAUGAAACUCAUCAAGGAUGUGAUCGCACUGAGGUUCAAGACAUCGGAGAGCGAAGGGGUGAUCCUCCACGGGGAGGGACAGCAGGGGGACUACAUCACCUUGGAGCUCCGCAAGGCUAAGCUGCAGCUGCAGAUCAACCUGGGCAGUAACCAGUAUGGCUCCAUCGUGGGUCAUACCUCAGCGACCACGGGCAGCCUCCUGGAUGACAACCACUGGCACUCUGUGGUGAUUGAGCGCUACCGCCGGAAUGUCAACUUCACCUUGGACAGGCACACUCAGCACUUCAGAACCAACGGGGAGUUUGACCACCUCGACUUGGAUUAUGAGUUGAGCUUCGGGGGGAUGCCCUACAGUGGCAAGCCCGUAGGAGGAGGCCGCAAGAACUUUAAAGGCUGCAUGGAAAGCAUAAACUACAAUGGUGACAACAUUACUGACCUGGCCCGGAGGAAGAAGCUGGACACCUCAAGCUUUCGUAACCUGUCAUUUUCCUGUGUGGAGACGCACUCCUUCCCCGUCUUUUUCAAUGCCACCAGCUUCCUGCAGUUGCCGGGUCGGGCUGCUCUCGACAUUGUGUCAGUUGGUUUCCAGUUCCGCACGUGGAACCCAAAUGGGCUCCUCCUCUUCAGUAACCUCGAUGACGGAACGCUGGAAGUUUCGCUGGAAGACGGCAAGGUCGUCGUUCACGUCAACGUGACCAAGGCGGCCAGGCACUACCGGGUGGACCUAACAUCAGGUUCAGACCUUAACGAUGGCCAAUGGCACGCAGUGCGCUUGGUGGCCAAGGAGAACUUCGCCAUGUUGACGAUAGAUGGUGAGGAGGCUUCCGCGGUGCGCUCCACCUCGCCGCUCUCCAUCACCACUGGAGGGACUUACCACCUAGGAGGUUAUUUCCUCCAGACGUUGUUCCCGCCCUCGCAGCGCUACUAUCAGGGUUGCAUGCAAGCAAUCAUGGUGGAUGACCAACCGGCCGACUUGCAUGCGGUGGAGAAAGGCACAUUGGGAGCCUUUGAGAACGUCAGCCUGGACAUGUGUGCCAUCAUCGAUAGAUGUAUGCCCAAUCAUUGCGAACACGGUGGCCGGUGUAAACAGACGUGGGACAGUUUCAGCUGCACCUGCGACGGAACAGGAUACACCGGCGCCACCUGUCACACUUCUAUCUACGAGCCGUCAUGUGAGGCCUACAAGCAUUUGGGCCGCUCUUCUGAUACCUACUGGAUAGACCCCGAUGGCAGCGGACCACUGGGCCCCUUCAAAGUCAAUUGCAACAUGACAGAGGACAAAGUGUGGACUGUGGUCAUGAACAACCUGCCACCCAAAACCACCGUGACCGGUUCCAGUCGGGACAGACGCACCAUACUUCAAGUCAACUACAGCGCCUCCAUGGACCAGGUGACAGCCAUCACCACCAGCGCGGAACACUGUGAGCAACGGAUCGCAUACAGCUGCCGCAUGUCCAGGCUGCUCAACACACCAGAUGGGACCCCCUACACAUGGUGGGUGGGCCGGGGCAGUGAGAAACACUUCUACUGGGGCGGUUCGGGUCCCGGCAUCCAAAAAUGUGCCUGCGGCAUCGACAGGAACUGCACCGACCCCAAGUAUGACUGCAACUGUGACGCCGACCACACGCAAUGGAGAGAAGAUUCCGGUCUCUUGACAUAUAAGGAACACCUGCCAGUCAGCCAGGUUGCCGUGGGUGAUACCAACCGAGCUGGCUCCGAGGCCAAGCUAACAGUUGGGCCGCUGCGAUGCCAGGGAGAUGAUAACUACUGGAACGCUGCUUCAUUCACCACGCCGUCAUCCUACCUCCACUUUGCCACCUUCCAGGGGGAGACCAGCGCUGACAUCUCCUUCUAUUUCAAGACCAGCGCACCUUAUGGCGUCUUUUUGGAGAACCUCGGCAACACAGACUUCAUACGUUUGGAGUUGAAAUCACCUCAAGUUGUCUCCUUCUCCUUCGACGUGGGAAACGGCCCCGUGGAGUUAACGGUGCACUCGGCCACGCCGCUCAACGACGACCAGUGGCACCGCAUCAUGGCCGAGCGUAACGUCAAGGAGGCGGUCCUCCAGCUGGACCAGACCUACCGGGCCUCUCGGCCGGCCCCUGCGCAGGGCCACACGCGGUUAGAACUGUUCAGCCAGCUCUACGUGGGGAAACCAGCCUCACUCACCUGCCAAGACAGUGCCGCGGGGGGUCAGAGGGGCUUCUUGGGUUGCAUCCGAGCCUUACGGAUGAACGGCGUCACCCUGGAUCUGGAGGAGAGGGCCAAAGUCACGCCGGGGGUCAAGCCCGGUUGCCAGGGCCACUGCACCAGUUACGGCAUGUACUGUCGCAAUGGGGGGAAGUGUGUGGAGAAGUACAACGGCUACUUGUGCGACUGCAUCGCCACUGCUUAUGAUGGCCCUUUCUGCACUCAAGAUGUUGGAGGCUUCUUUGAGGCGGGGACACUCGUCAAGUACAACCUUCUCCCUGAAGAUGCGGCAGGGGCCAUGAAGGACUCCAAGGUCCUCACACAUCACUUGAAGCCCCUGCAGGAAGUCAAUUUAACCAAAGAGGAAGUGGUGUUUAGUUUCAGCACAUCCAGUGCGCCGGCUAUUUUGUUGUAUGUCAGCUCCAGGACGCAGGACUACAUGGCGGUGGUGUUGAGACAAAAUGGCUCUCUGCAGGUGCGGUAUAACCUGGGUGGUCUGAAGGAACCGUUUGCCAUCGAUGUGGACCAGCGGAACUUGGCAAACGGGCAACCACACAGCGUGAAUAUGUCCCGCGUUGACAGAAGCAUCACAAUCCAGUUGGAUCAUUACCCUGCAGUCAGCUACACCCUGCCAGAUGCCUCGGACACCAAGUUCAACCUGGUCAAGACGCUCUUCCUGGGUAAAGUUUAUGAAACGGGACAUGUUGACCCAGUGGUGAUCGAGCGUUACAACACCCCAGGCUUCAUUGGCUGCUUGUCCCGGGUGCAGUUCAACGGAGUCGCGCCCCUCAAGUCAGCGCUGAGGAGCAGCAGUCUUAGCACGCAAGGCACACAGACGACUGUAGCUGCCUCGCCGGCGUCUUACCAGGGGAAACUGGUGGAGUCCAACUGUGGGGCGUCGCCUCUCACCAUCCCACCAAUGUCGGCCGCAACAGACCCGUGGCAUCUGGACAACACAGAUGCAGAAUUCCCCUUCAAUGAGGAGCGAGUGAUUCCUGACGGAGUCAACAGAGACUCAGCCAUCAUUGGAGGGAUCAUCGCCGUGGUCAUCUUCACCAUCCUAUGCACGCUGGUGUUCCUGAUCCGCUACAUGUUCCGCCACAAAGGCACCUACCACACCAACGAGGCCAAAAGCACCGCAGAGCCCGCCGGCGAGUCGGCAGACACGGCCAUCAUCGGCACGGACAACCCGGAAACCAUCGAGGAAUCAAAGAAGGAGUGGUUCAUCUAACUAGCCAAUGACGUGACUCUGAGACAGGAAGUGGAUUGUAGAACCACACGUCACCACCAGGAUGCAGGUGGUUACAAUGAAAUGACCGAUUGCGAUCAUGUAAUCGGACAAUAAUCUCCCAAAGAGUGAGGGGGGACAGGCGUGUAAAAAUGUUUUUUUUUUAUAUACAUCUAUAUCCAGAGUAUUAGAACAGAUGGAGGACUCUGCAAAGACUGGAACAUGUAAAUACUAACUGGCUUGUCCUUUGUAUCGUGUUUGGGAGUUUUCCGGAGUCCUUUGAAUACAGUAUAUGACAAAUAAUUCUAUUUACUGGCUCGUGUGAUAGGACAGAGUCUCAUUUUAAUUUUUGUAACAAAAAAAAUGAUGAAAUCAUGAUGCCAAACAACAUUAACGCCGUGUAUAUUGUUUUUAUUAUCUUCAGAGUCCUAAAUGGAAAUCUAUAUGACAUUUGCCAAUGCCAGUACAGUACAUAUGUAUCAGAUAGAGUUUUAUGUUCGAAUGGGAUGACAUUGGAUUGUACGGGACGUUCCUUGGUGUUUCUCCAAGCAUGCUGGAGGACUCCGUUUAUUUAGCUCAACAUGGCAGCUUUCUGUUUUUGUUCUAGUUGGUCACUUGAACCCUCCAUUUGCCAAACAAACACGCAAGUCUUACAUCUCUAAUUUCGUGGCUAGUGAAGUAUCCCUGAAGCAAUUGGGGAGAGAAAAACAUUUGAUUCAGAGAGAUCGAGAUGGAUGACAAUUGGCUGUUUUGAGGAAAUGAAUCGUGCCUUUGAAAUGUUGAACCAUUUGGCCUUGUCGUCUUAGACCAGGGCUGUUCAACCGGUGGCUCAAGGGACAAAUCCCUCCCCCCUUCCAAAUGACGUCAGACCGACCUGUUCAGUUCAAAACAAUGGCUGCCUUCCAAUCGCGGUUUAAGUCGCCCUCGCUGACUUGUUCAUACAUAAUUGUCGACAUCAUGCAGACUUGUGGGAGUUGUGGGAGUGAUAAUCAUUCUUAAAAACAGCGCUCCUGUCAUACAGAGCAGUGCUUCUCAACCUGUUUUCACUGGAACCCUGUGGAACACGGUAUUAGUUCCCCCGAACCAGAGAAAACAACUAACUUGAUUACCAACAAUCUUUUGUGAGGGGGAAAAUGUACUAAAUCAGCAAUCAUAUCAUAUUUUAAAAGUUUUUUUUUUAAUCUCAAGUACCCCCUGGAGUGCCUUCAAGUACCCCCAGGGAUCCUAUUACCUUUAAAACAGCAGAGCGCUCCUGUCACAUAAUGGAUCUUUGACUAGCGUGAACAUAUUGCACCUGUUUUGAAGCACGUCUUCAUGACUUUAAUCAACACAAUACAAAAUGAGGAUAAUGUUAAAAGGAGACGUGAAGGCCCGCGGGUCGUUAGCGUUCUGAACACCUUAGCUGAAGAGUCCUGGCCUAUACUGUACACUAAAACCUUGACUACUGCUGCAUGAAAUCCUAUCAGUUUCACAUUUGCUGAUUUAACUGGUGCUGAAUCCUGAAAUAGAUGCUAACCAGACAUGGGCAAACUACAACCCGCGGGUCAUACACGACCCCUUAAGCUUUUUAAGCCGACAAUAGGAGUUAUCUAAAUUAUUCCAGUGGUUUCUGAAGCUCUUUCCAGUGAUAUAUGGGUCAUUUUGGUAAUCAUAGAGACCACGUCACAGCAGAUCCGGGAGGGCUUUGAUAGAGUGGUUCUUUCUAGGGCAAAGUUCUGCAGAAAAGUGAUUUUAUGUUGUUUGUUUUUGUGUUUUGCCUUGUCGUCGCUUUUUUCCCUGUGUUUUUGCAAAAACGUGUCUGGGAAGUAAACAAGGAGGGACGUUCACAUGCUCUCUGUCUCAUAGUUCAUACUGUAAAUCCCACACCCUUUCUGAGUGUCUUAUUCAGUAAAAACCUGGCAAACGCAAUCCAGAUGGGACCCAAACACAUAAAACAAACUGUAUGACACUUUUACAGCUAAAAUAAGACAAAGAAUUCUAGGUGGAUUGUUAAUUUGGUGACAUUUUUUACAUGUAUUUCCCCUCCUGUUUGUGUUUCUUCUGCAUUUUCCUUCCAAUGUCACCAGCUGCCAGAUGUUAGCUUCAUACUUUCUUUGGACGUCAUUGUGAUCAAAUUGCCGUGAUUCGUCGCCUCGUGGCCGACGCGUGAACUCAGUUUUCUACAUGGGCCUCAAACAAGACUUCAGAUCCAUGAAGGCAAAUGAGUGACUUCCUUUUUCUAUACUAUACAGUACAUCCUCAUGUUCUAACAUAACAGAACUAACAGAAUUACCCGAAUGCUUUGUUUUCACUUCUAUUGAGUUCAAUAAAGUGUUUGGUCUUUA